UCAGUACGUUCCAAAUUUUGCAUAGUAUGUGGUGUAAUUUAUUUUUUAUGCAGGCAAAUGCACGAGAAAUUAUCUGUGAUUUUCCGCAGUAGGCUGCGCGAUAAAUGAAAGAUCAUUCGUGGAAUGUAUAGACAAAUAAAUAUUAUUGAAAAAGAUUUAAUCUUUCGUGGCAGUGCUGACAAACAUGAAUCUGCAAACACUUUUUCAAGAUUUCAAUCCAAGCAAAUUUUUGGUCUAUUCAUGUUUGAUGAUAUUUACUGCUUUGUUCGCUCUUCGAUUGGAUGGUUUCAUAGAAUGGAGCUACUGGACAAUAUUUAGCCCGAUUUGGUUUUGGAAGGGUAUGGUAAUAUUGGGUGCUACCAUUGGAAGUUAUGUUUGGUGGAGACAUCCACAUUCAAGAUUGGAAGGAGAUGCCUAUGUUCAUUACAAAGCAAUGUUGAUUACUUUGGCAUUACAUUUGAUCUUGUUAAUGUUCGAAUUGUUAGUAUGCGACAAACUGGAAUCUGAUAGGCAUUUAUGGAUAUUAGUCUUUAUACCGCUGAUUUUCAUCUCAGUUGUAUCUAUAGCUGUUUGCAUUUGGGCUGUGAAACACGAUAGGUCUUUUGAAUUAGAAUUAUUUUGCGCUGUCAAUGUAUUGCAAUUUAUUUUCUUGGCACUAAGACUAGAUGGCUUUAUUACUUGGAGUUGGGAGGUGGUGUUUGUACCUCUUUGGGCACUCCUUUGUUUGUCUCUAGUUGCUGUUCUAUAUGCAAUAGUGUUUGCUGCUGUUCUAUUAAGAACACCUCAGAUUAAUGCAAGACAAAGGCGGACAUCUUUACACUCAGCACUAGCAUAUACAUUUCUUGUUGUUCCAAUUUUAAUAUUUCAAGUACUAUUAGCUAAUAAAUUGGACGGUGAUAUUUCUUUAAAUUAUACAACAGUAGCGAUGCCUUUACUCAUAUCUCACAUAACACUUAUUUUCAUGUCUUUUGGAGCGAAAGGAGGAAAUAGAUGGUGGUUUGGUAUUCGGAAGGACUUUUGCCAUUUUCUGUUAAGCCUAUGUCCAUUGCUUCAAGAGUAUGGUAACAUUUCUUAUCAACCAAGAGGCGAACAAGAUCAACCGCCAUCCGAACCAAUGGUUAGUGAAAAGAAUGAGAAGCACAUAAAGAAAAUUGACCUAACUAAACCUGUAGUGCCUAUAAUUUCUAUAGAUAUGCCCGAUUGAUCGAAUUGGCCUAGAAUUUAUCUUGAAUAUUAAUACAUUCUUUUCAAUGUUACCUGUGAGUUGCCAUGUACGUAACAUGAAACUGAAAGAGAGAAAGAAAGAGAAAGAAAAAGAAAGAGAGAGAGAGAGAGAGAGUGAGAAAGAGGUGGGUAUAUAAUUGUAAAUUAAAUAAUAAAUAUGAAAUUGUUAUUUUCGCUACACUAGGUCUUAUAACAAAUUGUUAUUGUUAGUUUAACAUGCGCCAGGGCAAUCGUGAUGAUCAUGUUAUGCAUCUUGUUAUUGGAAAUUAAAUUUUAAAGAUGCUCACAAGAGCAUUAUUUGUUUUUUUAUAUAAAAUACAAAUGAAAAAAGGUAAUUAUGUUAUCCCUGUUUGACUUAAAGGUUGAAACAAACUUAUGUUUGCAUAUAAAUCGAAGUAAUUGGCUCCAAAAAUGUAUGUUAUAGUGUAAUUGUUAUGGUGCUCAAUAUGAUAACGAGUUUAGAUCUACUUUAUCUUCCACAUAUCUAAUCACUUAAUUUGUCCUUAGCAUAAGUAAUUGACCCGUCCAUUUGUUUCAGUAAUUCUUUUUUGAAAUGUAAAUUUU